CGUAUGUAUGUGGGCGCGGGUGCGUGGCGUGUGUGUAUGUGUUGGGGCAGCCAGCAAACAGGGCUGAUUUUGAUUUCGUGUUCUUUUCGGAGGAAAGAAAAUCAUGUCUACUCCACAAGAGACUUACGAUGUCACACCGACUCAGAAGAAAAUUAUGCUAGCCCGAGCGGCUAGACGUAACAUUCUUCGUCAUAAAUAUUUGGAAGAGGUCGGUAAUCCUUAUCGUCCGGCUAGCGAAGGUGGAGCAUUGUUUGAUUCGGGAUUGCAACGUUUACAUUCGAUGGUCGUUACACAAUCGGAGUUCUUUAGACCUAACUGGAAAACGGGCUUAUAUUACAUGGGUGUUGUCGUUCUGCCGAUAGCCAUAAUGACAUUUUGGAUAGUCGGCGAUAAAGACAAGCAAGAACAUCGCUAUCGUACUGGGCAAGUCAGUUACAGAGACAGGGAAUUCAAAUUCAAAUAAACGGGAAAACUCAUGUGAAAAUUCGGUAGAAAAUGUUGUUUGAUCUUGAAAGUGUAAAUUGGAAAUAAAUGGAUAAUGCUGUACGAACACGAAAA